AUGGAUGAAAAUAUUGAGACUUUACUGGUUCAAACUUCUACAUCACCAUGUGAUCCAACACUGCAGAUUACCAGAACAAAAAGCCCACACAGAUCUAAAUCGUUUUCAUUUACAGUGAUGGGGAAGAAAGGAAGCUGGUUAUCUUCCAUUAAAAAGGCUCUAAGUCCUAACACGAAGGAAAAGAAAAACCAGAAAUCAAAGAAGAAAGCGCUUGGGGACGAAAAACCUUCAGUACCUAAUGUAGGACCCGCCAGUGUAUCUCGUCAUCCUCCGCCACCAGAAGUAAACCCGAUUGAAGUGGCGGAUGAGCAACCAAAAGUACUGGCAGCUCAGCCUUCUCGACUCACUGAGUUGUCUCGGUAUUCAGGAAAAUCGAUGGAUGAGAUAGCAACUAUCAGGAUUCAAACAGCUUUUCGAGGGUACUUGGCGAGGAGAGCGUUUAGGGCCCUGAGAGGACUCGUUAGAUUGAAAACAUUAGUUGAUGGGCCAACUGCCAAUCGACAAAUUGCUAACACGCUCAAAUCUAUGCAAAAUCUAUCUCGUGUGCAGUGUCAAAUAAAUUCUAGGAGGAUCAGAAUGUCCGAAGAGAAUCAAACUCUCCAGAGACAACUCCUACAAAAACAAGCAAAAGAACUCGAGAGUUUACAGAUGGGAGAAGAUUGGAAUGAUAGCUUGCAGUCGAAGGAACAAAUUGAAGCAAAAUUGUUAAGCAAGUAUGAAGCAGCUAUGAGACGAGAACGGGCCAUGGCUUAUUCCUUUUCUCAUCAGCAACCAUGGAAGAAGUCAUCAAGAACAACAAACUUGCUCUUCAUGGACCCCACAAAUCCCCAAUGGGGUUGGAGCUGGUUAGAGCGAUACAUGGCGGGCCGGGCCUGGGACCCACGGGGCGAAAAAGAUCAUUCGUCUGUUAAAAACGGUAUCAACAUGACCGGGCUCGAAAUCGCAAAAUCUUACGCUCGUCGCCAGCUCAUCACCAUUCCUUCAACUCCAAAGUCAAGAAGUGUUCCGGUUGCAUCAAGGAAAUCGAAGCGUGGGCCUGGCCCGCGGGCCUUUGGGUCGGGCCUGGAUGAGGACUCGAGAAGUGUUGGAACUGUAAAAUCUGAGAUGAAUAGAAGGCAUAGCAUCGCAGGGUCUUCUGUGAGAGAUGAUGAAAGCAUUGAUAGCUCUCUAUCGGUUCCUAGUUACAUGGCACAAACAAAAUCAGCAAAGGCGCGAACGAGGGGACAGAGCUUGUUGGGCCCGAUUAGCCCGGAAAAAGAGUUGGGCCCAAAGAAGCGGCUUUCGUUUGCGGAACCUGUGGGUAGACAGAGGCGCCAUUCGGGCCCACCAAGGAUGCAAAGCAGCACUUCCAUGGUCAUUUGAGAAAGUUGCAAGUCAUUAGUGUGGUGAAACAAGAAGAAAGUAUUGUGUUAUGUCACAAGGGUUCAUACUUUAUAGAGGCGCAAAAUAAGAAAAGUUUGCAAAGAGAGAUAUAUAGGUGUCAAAGUAGAUUGUUGUUCAUUUAAUUAAUUUGUUUGAGAAUUGUGGGGUGUGGCUUAUAGUUAUGUUUAAUAAGAACAAAAAUCCGAAGUGAUAAUUUUAGGCGUGUGGUUUGACAACCCUCAAAACAAAG